CAACAUGCCUCGCAGCCGUCGGCCGACGCUGCCGAUGCGCCUGCAUGCAGUGCAUGUGAAAGCCCAACAGUUUGCGACAGUGCAGACCCGCUGUGUUUUCAUAGACAAGCACCGUACACACACACACCCGUACUCAUAGACACCCGCUGCCUUGCUCUCCCUCCCAUUGAACCACCGCCAGCACCGAGACUCGCUCGGGCCGCGCCCACCUGACCGCGACUAGGCGCUCCGCACUCGUCAUACUGCAGCCCUCCGUCACAGCUGCCCGCCGUCACAGCCGUCGCCCUCGUCAGCUCGCCAGCCUCGCCCACACCGCGCCGCGCAUGUGAAGCACCCGACCGCACACAAGGCACCGCGCCGCCGCAGCCUCCACCUCCACCUCCACCUCCACCUCCACACACCCACCACCAUGAACUACAUCCGCUCCGUCGCCGGCGGCGUGUCCAAGGGCUGGAACUCGAUCAACCCCGCCACCCUCAGCGGCGCCAUCGACACCAUCGUCGUCGAGCGCGAAGAUGGCUCCAUGGCCUGCUCGCCCUUCCACGUGCGCUUCGGCAAGUACCAGAUCCUGCGCCCGUCGGACAAGAAGGUCGAGUUCCGCGUCAACGGCGAGCUGCAGCCGUAUUCGAUGAAGCUGGGCGAGGGCGGCGAGGCCUUCUUCAUCUUUGAGACGUCGGCUGCCAUCCCCGCCGACAUGCAGACGUCGCCGCUGGCCUCGCCCGCCGCCAGCCCCGAGCAGAAGCCGACCGACACCCCGCCCAGCGCGCUGGACGACCCCGAGCCGCUCGAUCUGGCGAGCCUGGACUCCACACUGCACCGCCGCGGCCGCCUGUCCAUGUCCGUGCCGCCGUCCGACGCCCAGUACGACGCCGACUUCGAGCGCCCCAAGUCGGGCGACUGGUCCGGCUUCCACGUGCAGCGCUCCACCACCGACAGCGUCGUUGCCGCUGUCAAUAGCGAGUUCCCGGGCCACGACAACGGCGAGAAGGAGCACGGCCCGCUUGAGAUCAGCAGAGAGGAUGCCACGCGCUGGAACCGCUCCGCCCGCUCGGCAAGCCCCCCGCCCGUGUCCCAGGCGGAAGCACUGGCCCGCGCGAUUAAGCUCUCCAAGAAGCUGUACUCGUCCAACAUCCCGAACAAGGUCACCGACAGCGGCGACCUCGAGUUGGACAUGACGGGCUACAAGAGCAGCGAGCAGGACGCUCUCCGCGCCGAGGUCCUGGCGCGCAAUAUCCUAUCUGACGAGCUGGCCGGCGACUACGACAUCGGCGCGCUGAUCGGCGCCGACGAGAACGGCAACCUGUGGAUCUACAGCAGCGAGGAGGCCAAGACCGCCGCCAUGCAAAAGACCACCCACAGCGUCUUCAACGAGCCCGCCCUCGACGCUCAGAAGAAGAAGGGCGAGACCCGCAACUACGCCAAGACGCUGCGUCUCACGUCGGACCAGCUCAAGGCCCUGAACCUCAAGCCCGGCCAGAACACCAUGUCCUUCACCGUCAACCGCUCCAAGUGCGAGGCCUUCAUGUUCUACUGGCAGCACAACGUCCCCAUUGUCAUCUCCGACAUCGACGGCACAAUCACAAAGUCCGACGCCCUCGGCCACGUCCUCAACAUGAUCGGCCGCGACUGGACCCACAAGGGCGUCGCGAAGCUGUACACCGACAUCAUCAGCAACGGCUACAACAUCUUCUACCUGACCUCUCGCUCCGUCGGCCAGGCCGACAUGACCCGGACAUAUCUCAACGGUGUCGUGCAGGAGGAACACCGCCUGCCCAAGGGCCCCGUCAUCAUGUCGCCCGACCGCACCCUCUCCGCCCUGCGGCGCGAGGUGUACCUGCGCAAACCCGAGGUCUUCAAAAUGGCCUGCCUGCGCGACAUCAUGCAGCUCUUCGACAAGCCCCCCGGCCAGACCCCCUUCUACGCCGGCUUCGGCAACCGCUUCACCGACGCGCUGUCCUACCGCUCCGUCAGCAUCCCCAGCACGCGCAUCUUCACCAUCAACUCCAACGCCGAAGUCAGCCUCGACGUGCUGUCGCUAAACAGCUACAAAACAGGCUACGCCUCCAUGCGCGAGAUCGUCGACCACUUCUUCCCGCCCGUCGGCCUGCUCGUCCCCGCCGGCGGCGAGCAGUUCACCGACUUCAACUACUGGCGCGACAGGCCGCUGGACAUCGAGGACUUCACCGACUCCGAGGAGGAGGACGAGGGCAGCGUCGACGGCACCGAGGCGGGUAGCUACCGCUCCGAGGACGACGGCGGCGAUCUGGGCGAGAGCUACAUCACCAACGAGUGCGUCGACGACCCGCUGGGGGAUAGCAUCAUCGAGAGCGUCGAGAGCGCGGGGGGGGUGUAUCUCGGCGAGGACCUCGACGCGCCGGAGGACCUCGACGCGCCGUACGACCCCAGCAACAGCGAGGGCGGGGUUGAUGUCGCGGGGUAUGAAGGCGCGUACGCAGACGACGCAGACGACAUGGCAGACGCAGACGACGCCACCGAGCUCGCCGAUGAUGAGGACGACGAGAACGUCCCCGCCGACCGUCCCACAACGCCAACCCCCGCCCCCGCGCUCAGACCCAAACACAGCGUCCCCGAGAUCAGCAAGCGCAUGGCCGAGCGCGCCGCCGAGCGCAUGACUAGUCUGCACGCCUUGUCUGACGACGCGGGCGAGGCGCGGAUCGGGCGGCGCGGCUCGUAG